AAGCCCGAGUUUCUAGGAGGGAGGCGGGCGGACUCGGCGCCGCCCCGCGCGUGAAGCCUGCCGGGCGCCCGAGGAGGGCGUUCCUCCUGCUCCCCGCCUUCCUGAGCCGCGGCGACGCAGGCCGCGCAGUGCUCAGGAGGCCCUGCCAGUGAAUUGCACAGCCAAACAGUCCAGCGACUGAAUGCAAGGGGUCCCAGGAUCUGAUGAUGCUGCUCAGACCUUCCAGUUCCAGGGAUGGGGGCCUCAGGAUCACACUUGCAGUGCCUGGGGGUCUCCAGAACUACACCCGGAGAUGCUCAAAGGACUAUGUGGUGCCAGGAAUUGAACCAGAUUAGGAAUUGAAGAUGAGCAAACCUAUAACGCCGUCAACAUAUGUGCGCUGCCUGAAUGUUGGAUUAAUUAGGAAACUAGCAGAUUUUAUUGAUCCUCAAGAAGGAUGGAAAAAGUUAGCAGUAGCUAUUAAAAAACCGUCUGGUGAUGAUAGAUACAAUCAGUUUCACAUAAGGAGAUUUGAAGCAUUACUUCAGACAGGGAAAAGUCCUACUUCUGAAUUACUGUUUGACUGGGGCACCACAAAUUGCACAGUUGGUGAUCUCGUUGAUCUUUUGGUCCAAAAUGAAUUUUUUGCUCCUGCAAGUCUUUUGCUACCAGAUGCUGUUCCUAAAACCAUUAGUUCUAGAGAAGCUGCCGUAGUUCAGCAGACACAGAUACUUCUCUGUGACAAAAACAGAACAUCUAUGAUACCUGUGCAAAAUCUUGAACACAACCAUAUGCCAUCUGAUACCUCAAAUCCAGAAAAAGGAAGUUUAGAAAUGAACGAUACAUGUUUUUACAGUUUUUCAUUUUAUGAAUUGAAGAAUGUCACAAAUAACUUCGAUGAACGACCCAUUUCUCUUGGUGGUAACAAAAUGGGGGAGGGAGGAUUCGGAGUCGUAUACAAAGGCUUUGUGAACAACAGAGCCAUAGCAGUGAAGAAGCUUGUUGCGAUGGUUGACAUUAGUACUGAAGAACUGAAACAACAGUUUGAUCAAGAAAUAAAAGUAAUGGCAAAGUGUCAACAUGAAAACUUAGUAGAACUGCUUGGUUUCUCGAAUGAUGGAGAUGACCUGUGCUUAGUAUAUGUUUACAUGCCUAAUGGUUCAUUGCUGGACAGACUGGCCUGUUUGGAUAAUACUCCACCACUUUCAUGGCACAUAAGAUGCAAGAUUGCUCAGGGCUCAGCUAAUGGUAUCAGUUAUUUACACGAAAACCAACAUAUUCAUAGAGAUAUUAAAAGUGCAAAUAUCUUACUAGAUGAAGUCUUCACAGCUAAAAUAUCUGACUUUGGACUUGCACGGGCUUCUGAGAAAAUUACCCAAACUGUGAUGACUAGUAGAAUUGUGGGAACAACUGCCUAUAUGGCACCUGAAGCUCUUCGAGGAGAAAUAACACCUAAAUCUGACAUCUACAGUUUUGGCGUAGUUUUACUAGAAAUAAUAACUGGACUUCCACCUGUGGAUGAUCAUCGUGACCCUCAGUUAUUGCUAGAUAUUAAGGAAGAAAUCGAAGAUGAAGAAAAAACUAUAGACGAUUAUAUUGAUAAGAAGAUGGAUGACAUUGAUUCGUCUUCCAUUGAAAGCAUGUACUUUGUUGCUAGUCAGUGUCUACAUGAAAAGAAAAAUAAGCGACCAACUAUUACAAAGGUUCAAGAGCUACUGCAAAAUAUUACAGCAUCUUAGGACUUGGAAACUCUUCGUAUGCCCAUUUAAAUCUUUUUAUGAACUUUUUGUAUAUUUUAUGGUUUGCCUCUAUCAAGAAGCAUAGUGCAGUUCAAUGAUCAUUGAAACUUGUAUAGCACCCCCAACAUGAAGAACAACCAAAAGUAUUGUUAUGUGUCCUUGUAUUUAGGUCUACCCUUAUUACCUUGAACUUUACAGUAAUCUUUUAUUUUUUUUGCAAGAAGCUAUUUUAUUUUUUACAGUAAUUCUUAAACCAUAUCCUUGAAGCUCACUGCAGAUCAAGAACUACAGGGUUAGAAAAAAAUUACUGGACUUUGUUUAAAAGAAUGCUGAUUGACUUUACCAUUAAUUGACUGGAAAGCUUUAGGGAAUCUCUGGCUGCUUUGAACUCUGCGUUUGCAUGACUCACUUACUUGGGGAAAGAACAGCAAAGGAACUGUUCCUAGUUUUCACCUGAGUAGGAUUUGCCCUCUGUUUUGAGAAGAAUAAUGUAUAUGCCCUUUUUUAACCAUUUCCUACUAAGUAGAAAUUAAAGGUCUCUGUUUAAUUUAUAAUGUCUAGUUGAAAUAUUUUUAAAGUUUGUUUGGAAUGUUUUCCCCUAAUCUUUUAUAAGAACAGAAAAAAUUAGACAAGAAGUUUGAUUUGGUGGAAGAAAUACACCGUACAGUGCUCAGGGCUCUCUGAGCUUCUCAGAAGGGGGGUGGUGACCAUAUGUGGCUCAUACCAGGCUCAGCUCGUACAAGGCAAGUGAUCUAACCCCUAUCCUGUCUAUCUGACACCUCAGCAGUAUUUUUGAAAAAAUUAAUGACAGAGGCUGUGCAAGUUUGAUACAAACUUUUGGUUUGUUUUUUGUUUUGUUUUGUUUGCUUUUUGGAUCACACCCGGAGAUGCACAGGGGUAACUCCUGGCUCUCUACUCAGGAAUUAGCCGUGGUGGUGCUGAAGGGACUAUAUUGGGAUGCUGGGAAUCAAACCCGGGUCGGCCGCGUGCAAGACAAACGCCCUACCCACUGUGCUAUUGCUCCAGCCCCUGAUACAAACUUUUAAUGUUGCUUAAAGCAAGUGUCUGUACCAGACUAGUGAUCAGUGACAGCAUGACUGAGAGAGACCCACUAUACUACUCUGUUUCCAGAAAAACUAUUUUCUUCCCAUAUUUCUGAUCCAUUAGUUGGCUAGUUAGACUGCUAAAAUUUGUUAAUCUAAGUUUUUCUUAAGUCAGUAUUGAUUAACCUUUUCCCCUCUUCUAGCCUUUGUUCCAGUUCAUAGGCCUCAUUCUGUUGGUUGACCCUCUCUUGCCGUGAUCCUCCAUUUAUGUGAAUUUUAGUUGUAGCCCUUUUGGAAAUCCUGGGAAUACAGCCACUGGUUAAGAAACGCUGCCUUACAAUAGCCAGAAUCUGGAGACAGUCCUAGUGCCCAAGAACAGACAACUAGAUAGAGAAACUGUGGUACAACUAUAC